GAUUUUUAAUUUAUGGGAAAGAAGGAAAAAGGAAAGCCUAAUCCAUUGGGCGAAGUAAGCAGAGAUUACACCAUCAAUCUCCAUAAGGCAGUUCACAAAGAAACAUUUAAAAGAAAGGCACCUAGAGCAGUCAGUCACAUUGUCAGAUUUGCCUAAAAGAACAUGUUAACUGAGGAUGUCAGAAUUGAUCCACAAUUAAAUGAAGCAGUUUGGGCAAGAGGAAUUCGUAAUUUGCCAAGAAGAAUAAGAGUAAGAUUACAAAGAAAGAAGAAGGAGGAAGAUGAUGGAAAGGGUAAGUACUAUACACUUGCUCAAUAUGUCCCAGUCGAUUCCUUUGAUAACCUUAAGACUGAAAUUACAAAAUAAUAAUGAUAUAUUAUAUGUACAAUAUAUAUAGAUAGACAAAUAAUUA